AUGCAUUCACCGUCAUCUAAUCAUUCACCAUCAAGUGAAAUCUUACUGAAACGUUUUCGUCUAUGGAAACGUCAAUAUCUUCAUAUAGUCAUUUAUACAUCAUUAUUUUGGAUAUUUAUUGAUGUUUUUUUUAUAAUGUUAUUUUCUGAUUGUACAAAAGAAAUUAUUGUACCUUGUCCAUCAUCUGUAUCGACUGAUAAAUAUUCUACCAUUAGUGAACGUAAUGUUCAAUUGCACCCAAAGAUAAUUAUCGAUAAAAUAAGCUAUAGAAAGAAGAUGCUAUUAAAUAAUCAAAACAUCACUGAAACAGCGAAGAAAAGCAUUGCUCCGAAAUGGUGGGAAGGUGAUUCAGGUGCAACGAAUCCAACGAAUUGGCAAGGUGAAGCUGGUCGUGCUGUUGUUAUUCCCAAUGAAUUGAAAGAAGAAGCAAAAAAACGUUUUGUAGAAAAUCAAUUUAAUAUUCUUGCUUCAGAUUUGAUGGCACUCAAUCGUUCAGUUCGAGAUCAACGAUCACCAAAAUGUCUAGCACAUAAAUUUCCAUCUGAUUUACCAUCAACAUCAAUUAUUAUUGUAUUUCAUAAUGAAGGUAAUUCAACAUUACUUCGAACAUUAACCAGCAUUAUUUUACGAAGUCCAAUAAAGUAUAUACAUGAAAUAAUCAUGGUCGAUGAUGCUAGCAUUAGUCGAGAAUAUCUUAAAGAUCCAUUAGAAACAUUUAGUAAAUCAUUACCUGUACGAGUUCAAAUAUUAAGAAAUGCGGAUCGAUUAGGAUUAAUGAAAUCACGUCUAAGAGGUGCUGAAAUAGCUACUGGUGAAACGUUAACAUUUCUUGAUGCUCAUGUUGAAUGUUCAGCUGGUUGGCUUGAAUACUUAUUGUAUGAAAUUAAAAAAGAUCGAACAGCUGUUGUAUGUCCAAUAAUUGAUGUAAUCAAUGAUGAUGAUUUUGCUUAUUUAACUGGUAGUGAUAUGACUUGGGGUGGAUUUAAUUGGAGAUUAAACUUUCGUUGGUAUCCAGUACCACAACGAGAAGAAGUACGACGAAAUGGUGAUCAUUCUUUACCAUUAUUAUCGCCGACAAUGGCUGGUGGUUUAUUUACAAUAAACCGUGAAUACUUUUACGAAAUUGGUGCUUAUGAUCCAGGCAUGGAAGUGUGGGGCGGUGAAAAUUUAGAAAUGUCAUUUCGUGUUUGGCAAUGCGGUGGAAAAGUUCUUAUUCAUCCAUGUAGUCAUGUUGGUCACGUAUUUCGUAAACAAACACCAUAUACGUUUCCGGGUGGUACUGGCAAUGUCAUCUAUCAUAAUAAUAAGCGGCUUGUUGAAGUAUGGCUUGAUAAAUAUAAAGAUUUUGUGUAUGCCAUUAUGCCUGAACUGAAACGUGUCGAUGCUGGCGAUGUGUCAGAACGUCUUGCUUUUCGAGAACGCCUUAAAUGUAAAGAUUUUCAAUGGUAUUUACAAAAUAUAUAUCCUGAAAGUUCAAUGCCUGUUGAUUUUCAUCAUGUUGGAGCAUUAAAAAAUGAAGUACACGGUUGUGUUGAUUCAUUGGGUUUUAACAAUGAUAAUGGAGCUAAUCAAGAUGCAGGCAUUUUGCCUUGUCAAAAUCAAGGUAUGCGUAUGGAUUCAAUGUCUUGUUUAACUUUUCAUCAUGUCUACGGUAGUCACGGGACGAAUCGUACGGCUACAUUUAACAUACAAAAAUGUAUCGAUCGAACGCAUUCACCCGUAGCUGCCGUUACCCAGAUUUUGGCUUAUUCUAAAAAAGGUGAACUUCGUGUUGAUGAUCUUUGUAUGGAAGGUAGUGCCAAUAUUGCUAUUAAAUUGCAAAAAUGUUCACUAGGAAAUCAGAAACAAAUGUGGAACUAUAAUAAUCAGACGCGAAAUAUGAAACAUGUUACAUCAGGGCAAUGUAUGACUGCUGAUAAAACAAAAACUUCUGGCCAAUUAAUACUUGCUUCUUGUGAAACAGGCGAUAAUGCAAAUCAACGAUGGUAUUUCGAUCAACCAUUGUUAACAUAA